AUGAACAAUGAAGAUUUUUAUUUGAAUGUCGAUGUGAUUCUGAAGCAUACUUCUCAUUCUAAUUCUGGUUGUAGCACUAGUUCUGGUUCUAGUACUGCAAAUUCUUGUGUAAGUGAAAGUUCUAAGCUUGUAAGGGUGGUCGAUCAUGAUGCGGACAAGGCCAAGCCUCUGAUUAUCGAUGAAUGGGUUUAUGUUUUUGACAAGAUUGGUAGAGAAUUUAUGGGUGGUGUUAAAGCUGUUAGGCUUGCUGUUGAUAAGUACAAGAUGGUUACUGGUCACAAUAUUGUUAUUCUUAAAAACGAGAAGACUCGUUUUACUGCAAAGUGCGAAGAAGAUGGUUGUGGUUGGAGGAUUCACUUUGGGCCUGUGAAUGGUGACAUUUCUCGGUUUGUGCUGAAAGAUUCUAAUGUUAUUCACAGUUGUGGUGUUGGUUUGAGGUUGAAGAGUCCUGCGAUGACAACCAAGUUAGUUAAGCAUUUGAUCGCUGACAAUAUGCAGGGUGAUCCUAGUUUAAAACCCAGACAGAUCAUGUCACUUUUUAAGAAGACUUGUGGGUCCAAUAUUAAGUAUCACCAUGCCCGUAGAGGGAAAGAAGCCGUAUUUGAAGAACAGAUUGAUGAUGACGAGAAGUCGUAUAGUGAUUUAACUUGGCAUGUCAAAGCCAUUGAGAAAACUAAUCCUGAUAGCUAUGUGAAGUUUGAAGUUGAUCAUGCAACCAGAAGAUUUCAGAGGAUAUUCAUUUGUUUCGGUGCUUGCAAGCAUAACUAUAGAUAUCUCAAGCAGAUGAUUUACUUGGACGCUACUUUCCUUAUGGUAGAUUCAGGGGUACUUUGAUGGCUGCAACAUGUUUCAAUGGAAACAAUGGAUUUUACCCAUUUGCUUU